GGAUGUAAAGGAGCCUAAACUCCAAAGACAAAUGACUGAAUAAAUGUCCUUUUCUUAUUGACUUCAGUGUGCGUGUUCUCCUGGAAACAUGAACCCAACUAUUCCCCAAGAAAUUGGGGAAUAAAGCCAGACAAGGAGAAAGUUUGCCGCCGUGGACCCUGGUAAAAGUCAGUCAAGUUGAUUUAUGCCCUGAGUGACAACUGCUAUAGAUUCUGAUCCAUAUCGGCCUCUUCAGCUCCAAGACUGAGGCGGACUCGGGUGAAGAUGAUGGAGUACAUGGAGGAUAAGUUUGCCUUGAAAGGUCAAGCGCUGAAGGCCAGCGACUACUACAUGGACCAGGUCAUGGACAGUCUGGACAGCGCGCAGUACUUCGCCAAGUCCUCCCCGAAAUGCGCGCAGGCCUUCGGGCUGCAGAGCAGCGAACAUCGCUCCUCGCCCUGCGGAGACCAGAACGGCUCGUACGCGGUGCCAAAAACAGACGACGACCCUCUGCACUCGGACCUCGGCAGGUCGAUGGACGGCUGCUGCACUCUGCGCACGUCCCCGGUGACCAGCCCACAGGACAAGACGGACCUGGACGACAUGGGGGACAAGUGCGACAGCAACGUGUCCAGCAGCAAGAAGAGGAGACACCGGACAACGUUCACCAGCGCGCAGCUGGAAGAGCUGGAGAAGGUGUUCCAGAAGACGCACUAUCCGGACGUGUAUGUGCGGGAGCAGCUGGCCAUGAGGACGGAGCUAACCGAGGCCAGAGUGCAGGUGUGGUUCCAGAACAGAAGAGCCAAGUGGAGGAAGAGGGAGCGCUACGGCCAGAUCCAACAAGCCAAAAGUCACUUUGCAGCCACCUAUGAUUUAUCAGUGUUACCGAGGAGCGACAGCUACACACAGAUCUCCAACAACCUGUGGCCGAGCCCAGCUUCCGGCGGCUCUGUGGUCUCUUCCUGUGUUCUGCCCCGAGGAUCCCCGCCCUGCGUCACUUCCUACCCGCACUCCCCACGCUCCGCCGCCGGCGCCGCCGACCACGGCUACAUGGGCUUCCCCAAUCAACAGAACCAGUUCGGCCACGUCUCCCUCAACAACUUCUUCAGCGCAGACUCCCUGCUCACACCGGCCCCCAACGGCCACCACGCCUUCGAGACCAAGCCCGAGUUUGAGAGACGCUCGUCCAGCAUCGCUGUGCUGCGCAUGAAGGCCAAGGAGCACACGGCCAACAUCUCCUGGGCCAUGUGAUCCUGGAGAAAAGUUUGGAUAAUGCUUUUAGAAAAAUGUGUGGAUUGCCCUAAGAGUCUGACAUGAUAUUUAAAAAGUAACUCAGUAAAAAAAAAAAUAUAUCAACAAUUUCUUUGUCAUCUACAGAUUAGAUGUCGCUUCUUUGUUGUCUUGAGUGAUGUGGACAAUUUUUUCGCAAAUCACACCGCCCUGCUAAUUAGAUCCGCAUCGCCGCGUGUGCCGCGUAGCCAGAUUUUUAUCCAUCCAGUCGAGAGAAGACGAGCAGCACGAGUGGACAGAUUCUCUGAAAUAGCCGUAAUGGUUUGUGACAGAUAAUCAGCAGCAUCUUUGCUGUAAGGCAGCUCUGCACUGGCGUUAUCAGAAUCAAGUUUUCCAGGCAGACAGUCCAGACACAUUCAAUGUUUUACUGAUUCCGUUGCGAGGUGCGGAGUUGAGAGCUGUAAUCUUUUGCUGUUCAUGCGUUCAGCGCGCUCUCCUCUGAGGCCGACACAUAAGCAAAGGGCAAGUGAGAGCGUCAUCGCGGGGCACAUGUGGAACCCCCGAGGAGAGGGGACCCAAUUACCCACUACCCCCAUUUCUAAGCACUGUGAAAAAGGUUUCUCUACCUGCGGCCUCCCCCCCUUCAUCCACCUCCCUCGUUCCAGCUCAGGACCGAGGACGAGCAGUGCAGCAGAGACAAAUACUGACUUGACAAACUAACGUGUCAGCAAAGCUCUGUAAACGUGUGUCGUCCGCCUCUGCACUGUAUCCCAGGAAUGAGACGCAGGCGGCGGAGGCAGACUCUAAUAUCGUGUUUGUGAUAUGAAUUUAUCCGGUGUAAGCAUAAUAAAUGAAUUGUUGCUUGACUCCACGGUGACUGCACUCUUCUUAAAAAGGUUAUGUUCCGCGCGGUGCGCGUGUGUAUAAGAUGCUGGCACGUCGUCCGCCGCUGUCUUUGCUGUGUGCCAUUUUCUGUCUUAAACUUGGAACCAGCUUGAGACACUCAGGCUCAUCUUCCCUGAGAACAUGGCUGCCAGCGGCAACAUAAGGAAAAACAGAUUGUUGUCAGUUCACCCAUAUAAAUCCUUUAUAAAAUAUCCAGCCACUUUAGCCCGUGAAAUCGUAAGAAUAUGUUUUCUGCUUUUUCUCACGGUUAGAACUCUUGUGUCUGUUUGUCUUUACAUCACGGCACAUAGGAGUCGUCAUGAUGUACAAAUUUGGGGCUGAUUUUAGCAGCAGAUAUAGGUGACUUUUUUUUUCCCCUUUGCGUCCUUACAGUCAUGGAGCACAAUCAUGCCUGUUUUCACUGGUUCAGGGGCCCGGCACGGGGGGUCCGGCAGUAGUGACUGUCAAUACCUUGUGCAACCACACUUUAAAAAGCCCCCUAAACUACGACUAUAAUAGUGGUCGAACAACAAUAGUGCCCUGUGGCACAGGAGAAUUAUAAAGUUGUAUCAGAUAAAGCUUAUCCUUUAAACUCCACAGUAUUCAUGGCUGACCCUUGAAGCCAUCUCCUCUCAUGUCAUUAAACACCGCUAAUCUCCUCAUUCAUCAGUCGUAGCUUUUUUCCAUGUGGCUGCAGUGCUGCAUGUUUCCCCCUAAGAUGUGCAGUCCUUGUUCUUUAAUCUGUGACACUGUCUCAUAAUUGGGAGCGUUUUCUUUUCUUUCUUUUUUUUUUCUGCCUUCCCCCUUUGUUUCCUCUCUGAUGUCAUCUCUUUGUUUUUGCUCUGGGAUCACAGUCAGCAGUGGAUGGCGUCUCAGGGAAACCCAUCGCUGGGCUUGAUUCAAUUAGGGCCGUAACUUGUGUCAGAUGCUUUGGUUUGGAAACAAGUUUGUUUCCUUGGGGUACUUCCUGGUUGCUGCUAUUCACAAGGACAAACCCAAGAAUGUUAUCUGCACGCAUCACAACACAACGGCUUUGAUCAUGUUGUGUCCAUGGAAAUGGUUUGGGUCCAUGGUUUUGGACACGUUUCCCGAUGUUGCAGCGGGUUGUUUCUUUGUCCUCCUACUCCCGCAUUUUCGGUCCUUCAGCUUCAUUUGUUGAUUAUUAGUUGGAGACGCAGCCAGCUGACAAGCCACGUUUACUAUGAGGGGUUUCUGACUGGCUUGUUUUACUGAGAAAAAAGAACAAUGAGGUCAUUACAUGUUUGGGGUGUGUCUCUCUGAAUCCACUUGCACAAUAUGUAAUAAAACUCUUGGCAGUCCGUGCUCGUGCAAGCACCAAUUUUUUUGCAUUGUAGCGAAACUCUUGUUGUUAUGAUGUAGAGCAAUGUGAGGCAAACCUUUCUUGAGUUGCACUUCCCUGUUGAAAUGUCAUGCUAUAGUAAAAGCGUUGCUCAACACAUGGACAUUUUAA